UGAAUAUCACAGAGAGAACCCGAGGGCAACUUACUGCAGGGCCAAUGAGCUUCCUGCAGCAGGAGUAUAAGGGCACCCGCAGCUCCUGUCCCGCCACACUCCCCGCCACGCCACGCCGCCAUGCACGCUCAGGUCACUCUGCUGGUCACCAUGGUGGCUGUCGCCCUGGCUCUCCCUGAACACUCCUACGACGUCCCCACCUCCCCGUCCCCCUUGUUUGGUGCCCGGGCACGCCCCGCCACUGCCUCCCGCUCCAGCAGCGCUCCCCUCAGCUUCUCUCCUUCCAACACUGUUCUCUCAGGCGGAUUCAUACCCUCAUCAUCCCUCUCCUCCUCCUCCUCCUCCUCCUCCAGUGCCUCUCCCUCCCGCGCCGCCAGGCCGUCCCGUCCCUCCUCCUCCUCCCAGGACGCCGGCUACUCCUACAACGCCCCCCCAGAUGCCGGCUACUCCUACACGGAGCCCCGCCAGGGCCCCGCACAGUACGACACCCAGUACGUCGUCAGUGACGCCGAGUUCGGCACUAACUUCGGGCAGCAGGAGAGCCGCGACGGGGACGAUGUGAGCGGCACCUACUACGUGCAGCUUCCCGACGGCCGCCUGCAGGUGGUCACCUACACCGUCAGCGCCGAGACCGGCUACGUGGCCGAGGUCACCUAUGAGGGGCAGACAACCACGGCGGCCCCGACCUACGCCGCCCCCCCUUCCACCUACGGCCAGCCCUCCUCAGACUACGGCGUCCCGUCCUCAGACUACGGCGUGCCCUCCUCGGUGGUCCCUGGCGCCGCGGGCGUGGGCGGGGAGCAGGGAAUGGGUGGACGAGAGAGUGGGAUGGCGGGGGACGGUAGUUGGGAGGAGCGGCCUGGGAGCAGCCUUGACAGCAAUGCACUGUAUAAGGCACCCCUGUCCUCAAAGGUGACAAUGUCUGCCACAUGCCCCACACUGAAUCAUGAGAUCCUGAAGGGCGGCCCCACCCAUCCAACUAUUCCAUGCACUCCAUUCUCCACCUUCCCAUCCACCCCCGACCUCCUCUCACCCACCCCGCCUUCCACCCUUCACCUCCUCCCUGUCACUCCUUCGCCACCUCUUCACCUUCACUUCCUGCUCUCCCCCGGCCUCUCCUCAUCCCCUCCUAGUCCUUCUCUACAGCUUAGUGCACUCUCCCGUAUUCAACAUGGAGGCAUCAGUUCCAUCACACACUCCACCAUGGCAGCUAAGAUCGCACUCCUUCUUUCCCUCGUGGCUGUGGCUGUCGCACGCCCCUCCACCACCUACGGCGACCCUACACCGUCCUACCACGCCCCUGCCCAUCCCACCCCAUCCUACCAUGCCCCUGCCCAUCCUAGCCCAACCUACGCACCUGCUCACCCUACCCCAUCCUACCACGCCCCUGCCCAUCCCUCACCGUCCUACCACGCUCCUGCCCCUCCUACCACGCCGCCGAGCAGUACCCUGAUGUCCCACCCCAGUACAGCAGCAACUACGCCGUGAAGGACGACUACUCCGGCAAUGACUUCGCUGCCACUGAGUCUCGCGACGGCUACAACACCCAGGGCUCCUACCAAGUGCUGCUCCCCGACGGCCGCCUGCAGACCGUCACUUACUACGUGGACGGUGACUCAGGCUU